AUGGUCAAGAAGCCGGAACCCACGCCUUUAUGUUCGAACGCACUUGUUGACACUGCUGCAGAAGAUGGAGUAAUCGGAGAUCGAGCCUUGCAUAAGCUCACCCAGGAACUCCAGCGCUACAACUUGCGCCCCGUGGAAGCAUUGGCGGCGCAGCGACUGUGCUGCGAACUGUGGAUAUACCCACUGCUCUGGCAGGGCAACAAGGAGUGCUUCAUGAAUGUGCUGCAAGAUUCCGAUGCUUUCUGUACGCCACCUCUGUUGCCAAUCUCUUACCUGGAAGCUGUUAAAGCGGUCAUCGACUUAGAGUCAGGGAUGAUACGGCUGCCGUCGGGACUAUCUUCGCCUAUGACAAGGCUUCAAUCAGGACAUCGAGCCGUGGAUAUCUUGCAGUUCCACAAGCAACCCUGGGAGCUUCCCAAGGAAUAUUUUGUCAACGGUCGUGAUCCCUUUCGCAUAGACUCGACCACGUCCCAGACCUCAGUUGUGUUGCCCGCGAUGCAGGUUGAACGCAGCAUGUCCCUCACCAGCACGCCGGCAUCGAACUGGGAACAGUACCCGCCUUGGACUCACGACGCCAUCUUCGACUGUGCCUCGUGCUGGCACUCUGAGCCUAAAGUGCAAGGCUUCCUGCAAGUUCAGCCGGGGAUUUUCCAUCUCGUGCAUGAACUUUUGGGAUGGCAACAUCACCUUGUUUGUCCAGAAGAUCUUGGCUUGGAUCGAGUUCGGCAUCUCACUUCUGAGCGGCACACUCUUGCUGUGCGUCCAUCCUGUGAGCCCCAACACAUUCGCGAUUCCUGGAUGAGCCCGUCAACGGCCCGACAACCUGUGACGCAGCCUUACAUAGGCCGCGUUUUCUUCCAGGAGAUGGAUGCGGCUACCGCAGUGGCACCGCUAGAGUCUGGCACGUCGUUGGAACCUCCUGACAACGAUUCCACCAAUGGACCUCGCAGCGCCUUUCAGAGUUCUCCCGGUGGUGGUUCUGCUGGUGGCUCGGCAGUACUCGCGGGCACUGCAGUGGCGGCUCUGGUCGUGCAUGCUUGGACCAAUCGCGGGGUCUGA